UAUCAAUGAAACAUUCGCAAAAUCUUCAAAAUCACCAUCUCUGUCAUACGUCUCAUACACACCCAUCGAAAAGAUGGCACAGGGAUUCAAACCAUCCAAAGCCGGAUCUUCUAGUAAGAGUAAGACUACAUCAUCCACUAGAACAAAGACUGGACCAAAAAGAGGACCCAGAGUGAUUGCACCACGAAAGCAAUCUGCAGUAACACAAGCAUCACAGAAAAAGAAACAACAAGCGUCCCUAACGAAAAAGAUUGAAUCUGAUAUGGCAGGAAGAGCUGCAGGAGGUGGUCCAUUGACAAUCAUGAAAAAAGCCGGUGACGCUACUCUAAAAGCACAACAAGACGAAUUCGAUCGUAAGAUGGCAAAGAAAAAAGCAACAGGAAGACCUCAAUAAAGGGAAAGAUGACUAUUGAACACUGUACAUUGAACUAUGCUAAUCAUGAUACCACCACAGGAAGACUGAAUGU